AUGGAAGAUUAUAUUUCUCUAAAUGGAUUGGAAUUCGAUCUACAAGUCCAAACAUCUCUCAUACACUUGUACUCCAAGUGUGGAAGCAUCAAGAAAGCUCAAGAAGUAUUUGAAAAAGUGGUAGAUAAAGAUUUAACUAUUUGGUCUUCCAUGAUAAAUAGCUAUGCUAUUCAUGGGAUGGGGAAAGAAGCGAUUGACCUAUUUUGCAAAAUGACAACUACAGAAGGGAUAAUUUCAGAUGCUAUUGUUUACACCAGUGUUUUGCUGGCUUGUAGCCAUGCAGGGUUAGUAGAAGAUGGAUUGAAGUACUUCAUAAGUAUGCAAAAAGAUUUUGGAAUAACUCCUAAGAUAGAACAUUGCACUUGCUUAGUAGAUCUUCUUGGUCGAGUUAGCCGGCUUGACUUAGCAUUAGAUACGAUUCAGGGGAUGCCCUUGGAAGCACAAGUGCAAGCUUGGGCUCCCUUGCUCAGUGCUUGUAGGAUCCAUGGUAAUGUUGAGCUUGGGGAGAUUACUGCUGUCAAGUUACUAGAGCUUAGUCCUGGAAGCUUUGGAAUUAUGUAUUGA